AUGGUAAAUAGUAGUCCUUCGAGCUUCAAAGCUUCAUGGAUGAGCUUGAUGGACUGCGUGGAGCAAGGCAUCCAAUGCCUGAAAACGUUUGCCGUCAGCAAGUUCCUUUCUAUUCUUGUUAUCUAUCAAAUCUACAUUGGCGUGGGCAAAAUCGCUUACGUUGCAUGGCCAACCAAUGGCCAACUGCCUCUUCGCCUUCUCCUUGUCUCAGUUGUCUCAGCCUUGGGAAAUGGCAUCAUGCAGGAUGCCACAGCCACAACUAGUAGCGGGUAUGACAUUGCACAAGGACAACCAAGCAUUUGUUCCCUCAUUUCCCCAUCUCUCAUCCAUAACUUUCGCCAGAGAAUAGAUUCAAGCUGGGGAGUAGACAUGAAACACCAUUUCAAGCACAGAGAUAUUGAUAGUGCCAUGAAGGCAGAGAUCGGCUCUCUCUUGAUCUGCGACCUUCCCUGGUGCGACAAUCGUCUUAUUGAUGUCGCUGAUGAGUUUCUCUCCCCUACACAAUGCAAUACGAUGAUUCAACGCUGGGCCAGACCGAAUGGUGUACUCACGGAGACCAAAGGAACAUAUGAAUGGACAGCUGCUUCGAAAGCUCCCUUACCAUUACAGCGCAAAAAUUGGUUGGAGGAAGCUGGCACCCCACUCGAUCAGACCUUUGAGAGUUGUCUUACCAACUUCUUCAAUGAGAUCACAAUUCAAAGCCGCAGGUACAAAAACUAUCUCAAGAAAGGUGGCGCCAUUCCUGAGGAUAUUGGAUUGCGCGUGUGGAAGGCAUUCAACAGGACUGCAUUGGAAGCCACUCGCAGUCCCGAUAUAAUCUUGAUUUCCCGCAAUUCGGAGGAAAGCAAGUGGGCCCACGUCAUUUCCAUCAUGGAGGUGAAGUGGGAAGAUAGUCCCAGGCUCUUGAUGAGUGCUAUUACACAGCUCGCUGACAAGGCUACUUUCGUCUUUCAUCACCAGCCUCAUCGCCAAUGGUUCCCUUGUCUAAGCUUAUGCGGAACAGCCCUUCGCCUGUCUGUGUUCACGCGCGGCAGAAGCCUUCACUCCGAAGCGCUCGACAUAAGUUCGGAUCCCAAAUUAUUUUCCAAGGUGAUGAAUUACUUUACGGAGGCAGAUUUUUCGUGGCUGGGAUACGAUGUUCACAUUUUCCGUGUUCCUCCCGCCGCAGUCCAGGUUUGGGACGAUAAGAGGUAUUGGCAGGAUGAAGAAGAGAACGGAGCGCCGUGCGAUGACUCAGAGUUCCAUCUGGUUGGCUACCUUCACCGAUCAAUAGGUCUCCAUGGCAAAGGCACACGUGUUUUCACCGUCGAGGGCGCACACGAUAAAAAAAAUCUUGUAAUCAAGGACUGUUGGGACCCAUCAAAGACGGUGAGCGAUCACGUAAUACACGGGAAACUCCAAGAUCCUACACGGGACUCUCUUCUCAUUCGCUCGCCCAAUGGCGAAUGGGUUUUCACCGGAGGGGAAGAUUCUGGUGAUUGUUUGGAUAGAGAGUGCGCUCAGAGGCUGGAUGGAAUAUAUUGCUACGUUGGCAGUCGCUGUUGGGAUAAUGUCAAGUUCCUCCCAGGAAUAACUAUCAUGCAAGACCACAUGCACCCUUCCAUCGGCCUGUUCUUCGAAUCUCCAGUUCCGCAGUCAGUCACUUCCAUAUGUGCUUCCAUGAUCCCAUCGCAGGUCCUGGCCAAGGUUUUCGACGAAUCCCAAGGAAAAAUUCAACUCGAGGAAAGACAUAGAUCCCGUACAUCUUUCACUACCUGUGGAGUCGAUAUCUCGUGGUUCGGAACUGCGCGGUGUAGAGAAUCAUGCCUCUCAUGGCGUGAUAUGCUAUCUCUAUAUGAGGCGCAGCUUUCCCACGCAACGCGCGCCAUGCGCGCACCAUCCCCGCGCUUCACGAUGUAUACGCGCGCGCACGUUCCCACGCUUGCGCGCCCUAUAGCGCCAGCCAUCCAGAUGCAUCCAUCCACUGUCCACCAAGCUCCCUAG